AGACGCACUGGGAAGAGAGUUGUUUACAAACAACAAAUGUGUCAGAAAAACACGAAAUCAUUGCGGAAAAUUUGCAAAUGUGGCACAUCGAUAAUUGAAUCAACAACAUAGAGGAUCAUAACAGUCUUUUAGGAAUAUAAAUUACAUCCUCGAGUGAUAUUUUCAGUGUGUCUGCGGGGGCAGUGAGAUAAAGCUGAGCAGGUGCAGUGUCUAAGUUACAAAGAGGUGUUGGCUGUGGGCAGGCAGCAGGACACAUGGCAGAGGAAGGCAACAAGCUGACACUGAGGCGCCUGGAGGCACCGAUCCACAAGUUCAUUAAAGUUGCUCUACCCACGGACCUGGAGAGGCUGCAGAAACACCACAACAACAUACUGAAGUACCAACAAAGCCAGCAAUGGGACCGGCUUCAUCUGGAACAUAUCAAUGCCAGCAGAACUGUUCAGCAGUUGAGAGCUAAUGUCAGAGAGAUGGAGAAGCUGUGCUCACGGGUUCGUGCCGAAGACGCUGACGCUCUGGAAGCGCUUGUCAGGCCAGUCAGAGAUCGGGCGUCAGCCGCCGCACGAGACUUCCUGCUUUUGCACUCUAACCCCGUGCCUCAGCCUGCGCCAGCAACACCACCUGCCGCUCAGCCAUCCAGCUGUGUGUCCAGCAGUUGCCACGCUGAUGACAAUAUGUGCGAGCAGCCAGUGUUUAGCAGGCAAAUUCAGCUAUAUCUUCCAGAAAUCCCCGCGGAUGAGAGUGCAGCUGAGUCCUGGGACAACCUGGAAGAGGAUCUGAAGGAACUGAGUGGUUUGGUGACGGAGUUCUCUCUGCUCGUCCAUUCCCAGCAGGAGAAGAUUGACAGCAUAGAGGACAACGUCAACACAGCCGCUGCCAACGUGGAGGAGGGGACCAGGAGCCUGGGGAAGGCGGUUGGCUACAAGUUGAUGGUGUUGCCGGUUGCCGGGGCGUUGCUGGGUGGUGUGUUAGGAGGCCCACUCGGUCUGCUGGCUGGGUUCAAAGUCGCAGGGGUGGCUGCUGCUCUAGGAGGGGGGGCCCUUGGGUUCGCAGGCGGCAACCUGGUCCAGAAACACCGCAAAGCGCGAGUGGAUCUACAGAUGAAACAACUGACGGCACCGCCACCAGAACCAGAGUCAAACAAGGACAAAUGACCCAAGCGCUCUGGUUCGGCGACUCCAGUUCUGCCUGACCAAUCAGAAGCACAAACUAGAACUCAGGCGGUGUUGCGAUGCCUUAAAGAGACUCAACAUAAAAUGUCACCAGGCUCUGCUGUCAACAUGUAAAAGAAUUCUGCAAUAACAGCUUGAUGUUCGGGUGUGAAUGGUUUGUCUGUGAGGACAUCCGACUCAGUUUAUACACACAACUGACUUUUUUCAGUUGUUUUCACUACAUAUUUUAGAGUUCCGCUGUGUCAGUAUGACAUCACAUCUCUUAACUAAAAUAAAUCUCUGUCAUCAAAUAAAUUAAGUUCAUUUAACACCUCAACCAUUCGUACAAAUGGCAUCACUAAAGCCUCGGUUAUCAUUUCCGCAAGGAUGUUGCCACACUCGCUACGCUUACGGAUGUAUCAAGCAUAAAUCAUGCCUUUUAUAAGGACACCGUUUAUUCCUCAAGCUAGCAUUUAUAUUUCAUAUUAUUCUUUUUCAUCAGUGAUUGUCAUCAUGCCUCAAUAUUCCUUUGUGCAGAAAAUAAUGUCACAAUGUGAACAGCUGCACUACUGAUGAUUACAAUGAUAUAUGGAGGGAAAAAAAUGUGGUUUUACAUUCAUUUAAAGUGUUAAAGUGGAUAUGCUUCAAUGUUUGCAUAAAUUAUACUGUUUAUAGAUACUGACCUGCUUUUGCAACGUGUGAGAGCAAAACUGCACAUAAAGCGCCAAAGUGCCACUGUCCAGAUCACUUCAGGGACUGGAGUGAAACAACCUGCCAUGUAUUGAUUAUAGGGAUGCUGGUUUUCUGUCAAAUAAAAUGUUUCGUUUCAAA